CGGCAAAUCUUCCAAUAUCUGGAAGCAGCAGCCAAAGCAAACCAUCCGAUGGCACAGUUCCACUUGGCUGAGUGUUAUCUUCAUGGCCAUGGAAUCAGCCAGGACCACACCAAGGCUGUCGAGUUGUAUCGUGACCUCGCAGAGCGUGGACUUGCACAGGCUCAAGUUGGCCUCGGUCGAUGUUUCGAGAACGGCGAAGGAGUUGACCAAGACUACGAAACUGCCAUCAAGUGGUACACCAAGGCUGCGAACCAAGGCAGCGACAGCGGU